AUGGCACAAUCUAUUAUCGACGACGGAAACUACCAGAACUCAACGAUUACUACACCCAAGCAAAAAAAGGGAAACAACAACAACAACAGGAAAAAGGGCUGGUACAAGAGGAAAAGCGGGUCUUCACAAGAAUCCUCAAAGAAACAACAACUAGUUACAAUCAAUUCUGCUACUUUACCUCCUAUUGUCCCUGCUAAUCCUUUACCAGCUAAUCCUUAUGCUGGUAAUCUCCCUAAGUGUCGGAAGUGCAAUUUUCAACAUAACGGAAAUUACCGAGAGAUGUUGUGUUGUAAUUGCAACAGGAAAGGGCAUACCGCUCGAUUCUGUAAGUCACCAUCCCAACCGAUUAAUCAAGUACCUGCUGGUGGAGUAGGCCAAGCUUGCUAUGGUUGUGGCGAGGUUGGUCAUUUCAAGAGAGACUGCUCGAAGAUAGGAAAUGCUGGCAGAGUGGGAAGAGUUCUGGUUAUAGGCCAUGAAGAAGCAGUAGCUGAUCCUAUGAUAGUUACUGGUACGUUUUCCUCGAUAAUUUAUAUGCAUGCAUACUCUUCGACAGUGGAGCGGAGAAAAGUUUCGUAA